CUUUGAUAUCUACAUCAUCAUUCCUGUGUUUGUGUGCGGGUAUGAGUAUGAACCUUUUAUCGUAUAACACCAGCGAAAGCGGACUGCAACUACUCCAAUCUACCCACCGCAAUAUUUGUUUGUGUUUUUGUCUUUUAUUUAAAUGUGUUUUUGCCACGUUUUGAUGCUGAUGAUUGUAGAAAGAGCAAUUCUCUGCAAAAGGUGGUUAUAGAGAAUCAUCAGAUUAAUCAGUGGUGCAUGCUGGAACGUGCCUCCCCUGUCUGCAAGCAAAAACCUUUGUUUUUCGCUGUUUUAUGAAAGUAAGAAGAAGCGACACCAAGCAGAGAUUGAGACUGUGCUACAGACACUGUGUCAGUAUCUGACACGAGGAAACAAAACUCUCAAAGUCUGCGGCAGCUUGUGUGAGAUGGUCAAGGUUGGCAAGAUGGGUUCCCUUGAGGCGGAAAAACAAAGACCGUCGUACCUCUGUUCAGUAACAGCUCAAGGGCAAACGCAUUGGGUACGUGGACUCAAUAUGCCACUGAAGUUGAUAUUAGGAAGUGCGUGGAAACAAGUCCUGUUUAUUCAUGCAAUCUCGGUCCAGGCAGAAUUACUAUGCGAGGCCAGUUAAAAUGUGAAAUGUGGAAUGGAAGCCUGUAGGAGCAAGUUUUUCUCUUUUCUUUUUUUAGGGGGUGGGGGUCUCGUCUCUAAUGCAAAGGUCUGCCGGUGAUUUAGGAGGUAUGUAACCUGAAUUAGUUGAUGAAUUUUCUAUCGAUCCCAAACAAGCCAAAUUUAUCUCUGACACAGUGCUGCUGCUGGGUGGAGGCGCAAUAGAAGAGCCGGGCCGCUCUCCAAUUCUCGUUAUUAGCGAUUAGCGAAGAGCAGGAAAAAAAAGGGGGAAAAAAGCACAUCCAAACACACACAUACAAAUAUAUACACAUCAGAUAUUUCAGGCGCAACUUUAAAUCCCCCCAGCAUUUUCUUUCUGUUGCCUUUUCCCCUGUAUUUGUCUAUUUAAAGUUCCAGUCGGACGCGUCAGAGGCAGAGAGGGUUCAGUUGCAAUGCUGCAUGGGGCGUGUGUGUGUGUGUCGGGGUGGGGGGGGGGCGUACUCUUCAUCUGCGCCGUACUCUUUUGCUCGACUUUGUCAAAGCAGAGUGGAUUUUUAUCGUCAGUGACGCGCUUUAUUAACGUGAUAUCUGUCUCUGUCUGCUGAGGUGGAGAGAUAUAGAGAGGAGACAUAUGGAGAGAGACGGGAAAAGUAUUGAGCGCCCACGAACUGAGGGCAUAUAAUAGUGCGUGUGCUGGGGCCGUGUUUAUCCUUAAUCCCAUUUCCUUAUCCGGGGUUCCUCCUGGACGUGCGCCAUUGGCCGACUGUAGUCACGUGGUGUCUUAACUUUGUUCACUUGACAGAAAAGUAGGAGGGUUCAACGGAACAGGAAUAACCGAAGAGUAAAGGGAUGAGAUAUAAAUUUUAGUUAUAUAUUUUCCAAGUAGGUGCAGUUCCACAAAAAGACUGAAAUUAAUGGCCAUGAGCUCCUAUUUGAUCAACUCCAACUAUGUGGACCCCAAGUUUCCACCUUGUGAGGAAUACUCACAGAGUGACUAUCUGCCCAGUCACUCUCCGGAUUAUUACAGCUCCCAGAGAGAGGAGCCUGCUCCCUUCCAACCAGACUCUCUUUACCACCACCAUCAGCACCACCCGCACCAGAACCACCACCAGCAGCAGCGAGCCGAGCCGCCAUACACACAGUGCCAGCGUGGAUCGCAGACCGCUUCGGUGGUGAUGUCCCCACGAGGUCAUGUCGUCGCCCCGACCGGACUGCAGACCACUCCACUCCCGGAGCAGAGCCACCGCUGUGAUUCCGUGACACCGAGCCCGCCUCCACCUCCGUCUUGCGGUCAAACACCCCACAGCCAAAGCAGGUCUUCCCCAACAAGCACUCGUAAGGACCCCGUAGUGUACCCGUGGAUGAAGAAAGUUCAUGUAAACAUCGUGAGUUCAAACUACACUGGGGGUGAGCCGAAGCGCUCGCGGACGGCCUACACGCGCCAGCAGGUUCUAGAGCUCGAGAAGGAGUUCCACUACAACCGGUACUUGACACGCAGGCGCAGGGUGGAGAUUGCGCAUACGCUGUGUCUGUCGGAACGGCAGAUCAAAAUCUGGUUCCAGAACCGGAGGAUGAAAUGGAAAAAGGACCACAAGCUGCCCAACACCAAGGUCCGCUCUGGAACAGGCAGCAACAAUACAAACUCCCAGGCUCUAGCCGGAUCCCAGGGCCGUUCUUCCGGACCACUAUAGCCCAUUCUUUGGCUGUUUGUCUGAUGCAGGCAAUUUGUCCUUCCCCCUUUGCUCCCUGAAUCCCAUACUGAACAGACGGGCCAGCCACGCUUGCAACCACCGGAACCUGCACUUUGGGCCGGAAUGUUUUUGGUAUGGGGGGAGAGAGAGAUGUCAUAGCCGCCGUUCUGGCCCUGAUCUGCGCUGACGUUUCUCACAAUAAUAUGACGUUAUGAUGUAAAAAGGGGUGGCAAGGGAGAUUUCCUUUAUAUAUGAAAAUGAUCAAAACUACCCGAAGAAGAUGAAAGAACUAAGAGAACGUUGCUUUCGCCCGCUUUCCUUCUUUGCCUUCCUCUCUGUGCUCGUCUUUUUAUAAUCCUCUCUCUCCAUGUCUCUCUCUCUCUCUCUCUCUCUCUCUCUCUCUCUCUAUUUAUCCAUCUGUCUCUCUCUAUUUCUAACUCUUUCUCUCUCCUUCCCUCUGACAGAGCAGGGGGUGGUAGGCUGAAGACAGUGUUCCCAGCGCGUGUGUGGUUCUUUUCCUGCUCCUUUUCUAUUCAACACUUUUUUUUUUUUAAUUUAAAGAUGUAUCCUCCUUUUCAUCUUUAAUCAUGCCAAAUUCUGCCCCCAUUUGUCAUGUUUACUUUGCGGGUAUAUAGCAAAAGGGUGAACUGCUCUUCCCAUUACACCACUCCCUACGACAUCCGUACUACUACUACUACUACUAGUACUACACACACACACACACACACACACACACACACACACACACACACACCAUCACCACCACCCCUCUCCACAGUUUUUACACCCAAGGCGCACGUGUAAUAUAUUGAACUCUCCUUUGGUCAAGUAAAGCAUUCUUGCACUCCACACUCACUCAUAGAAAAGCCACACAUGCUCGCUUACCUCUAUGUGUCCUUAUAGUACUUUAACAUAAGAUAUAAACCACGAUAUGAUCCAAAGUAGCACCAGGCAGUUUGCCGUCUUGCUGUUCAAACUUCUGGUGCGUUUGUUUUGUUUAACGGCGAACUAUAGCUUUUCAUUUUUAGUUCUAGUUCUUUUUGAAUUUAGUGUUGAAUGUAAAAUGUUGUUGAUGCUGAGAGUGACGAGGAGCGUUUUGUGGUCAGUUGAUUGUUCGUAAUAUGAUGUUGUAAACAAGCAAGCAGUGUAACAGGGUUAUUAAAGAGAAAUUAAGUAAUUAAGUCUCUCAACUUACAAAAGACACUAAUGAUCACACCAAAAUCCCGGUACAGAUACUUUAAUAAUGACAGAAACACAGCACUAUACGAUGUACUACUUAUUACCUCAGUUCUGUGUGUGUGCGUGUGUGUGUAUGCGCGCGUGCGUUUGUGUAUCUAUCUAUACGCGCUGGAUCGGACGAUAUUGAUAAGUUUAUUUUUUUAUGUUAUUUUUUUUUCGCUCGUUUAAUGAAGUGACAGCUUUCUGAGCUCCUAUAUUUUUAAAAUUGUGUAAAAAUCUAUUAUUAUUAUUAUUAUUAUUAUUAUUAUUAUUAUUAUUAUUAUUAUUAUUACCUGUUAUUACCUGUCAUUUAACACAACUGUUCAGUAAAGAGACAUUCAUACAAACAAGUAUCCUCUGCAUGAAAAGUGAUUUAUUUCUUUUUUAGAUCCCCCUUUGUUCUUUCUCCGCGCAUUAAAUGCGCGCGCACUUCAUUUUCUCUUUGUCCCUUCCUCGUUUAUUCUUUCACUUUGUGUCGCUUUUUAGAUAUUUUAUUCUAAAAGUGUUAUUUCUUUCCACUGAUGCCCUUUUCUUAACAUUCCAAAGAUCCCUUUCGAUCGUUAUUGAUGAAAUGGUGCUGGUGAACAUGUGUUACAUCCCCCGAUGUGUAUGUUGCUCCGUCCUCUUAUUUGUAAAUAGUUCAUAGAAAUUUAAAUAAAUGACUGAAAACGUA